AUGAGUGUUGUCGCAGUUGCUGGUGGUCUUGGUGACCUAGGCCGCCUCAUUGCUGAGGCACUGAUUGAAACUGGCAAACAUGAGGUUUAUGUCAUGUCCAGAAAGACUUCCCAGGGAGGUUCCACUCGUACCUCACCUCUGACUGGCAAGCAAUACUCUUCUCUCAUCCACACAGACUACUCAUCUGAAGAGUCCUUGGUCCAACAGCUCGCAGACAGGCAGGUUGAUGUCAUCAUCUGUACCUUUAUCAUGGAUUGUGACUCGGCUUCGGAUGCUCAGAUACGUCUCAUUAGGGCUGCUGAAAAGUGUGCCUGUGUGAAACGUUUCAUACCCUCCGAGUUUAACGUCGAGUAUGAAGUUGGCGAUGAUGUACUCCCUUACCCGGAGAAGAGGUUCCAUCUUGCAGCUCGGCGCGAGCUAGAGAAGACAAGCACCUUUGAGUAUGCCUACAUCUAUCCCGGCAUGUUCAUGGACUAUUUUGGCCUGCCAAAGGUGGAGAGCAGCCUUCGUCCGCUCUGUUUCUUUGUUGACCCAGAAAAAGGUCUGGCGGUAUUGCCGGAUGAUGGUGAGGCUAGAAUGAGCAUGACCUUUACGACGGACGCUGCACGGUACAUAGCUCUAGCACUUGAUCUGGAGAAAUGGACCCGGAUUCUUACAACUGUUGUCAGCACCGUCUCACUCAAUGAGCUUGUCAAGCUCUUAGAGGAGAGCCUGGGUCGUAAGCUGCAAGUACUUUACCAGCCUCUGGAAAAGCUUCUUGAGCAUGACGCGAUCGACCUCCCGACCAACUUGGAGAUUGCGAAAGAGUAUCCGGAGCGAUUCCCCGAGGGAUUGGAUCAGCUGCGAGGGCUGAUUGCCGAUCUCGAGGCUGGCGUUGCACUUGGAGCCUACGACCUCAGCAAGUUACAUGGGCACCUAGACCUAGUCAAGGUGUUUGAGGGGGUGACUGCGGCCCCAAGGAGAAUCGAGGACUUGGUGGAGGAGGCAUGGGGUGCAGCAGGUACUGAUCAAUGA